AUGCAUCUCAUUGACAGGAACAAGGGAACUGACGACAAGGUCGAUGCAGACUUGUGGUGUGAGGAAGAAGGACGUCGUCGGGCAUGGUGGGCCAUCUGGGAAAUGGAUGUCUUUGCCAGCGUCAUCCGUCGUUGUCCAACGGGGAUUGACUGGUCCCAAAACGAGACUUUUCUUCCCGCCGAGGAUGAAAAAUGGUAUCGCGGCCAGCCUCAAAAGAGCUGUACCCUCAGGCAGGACCUCAUUGAGAGAUACAAAUUUCUCGAAGCCUCGGGCAACAAAUCUCCCAAGGCCUGGUUUAUUGUCGUUAACUCCCUGAUGAAGGGAGCCCAGAACAUCACUAAUCCGUUUGGAGUAGACAAGGACGUACCAUCCAGAGGUCACUACAACACGAACCAGCUUCACAAUCCCGCUGAUGACAGCCGUCGGAAUUCACCUUCAUGCAAGGAGUCUCUCAAUCGGCUGCUCAUGAUUUACAACGCGCUUCAAUGCACUAGCAUGACACUUCCGCGAUAUCUGAGAUAUCGAAACCAAAAUCUCAGUUUCGGCUCUCGAGAAUUCGACCCUCAGUCAGCCCAGACCUGCCGGCUUCAACACAAUGAUAUCUACAGCAUCCACUGUAUGGUACAACUGACGAAGUUGAUGAUCUUGAAAUACUACCUCUUCGACAGCGAUCUGGGGGCCCUCUCGAAAAACGAUCCACGUCGCAGCACCGCAAUGACUCAAGCUCUAGAGCGAUAUUCCGAAGCCUUUGAUGAAAUCGUCUCUUUAGUUGGCCGGAGCUAUGAAGAACACUACAAAUAUGUCAACCCUUUCGUCGCCAACACUAUCUGGCUCGCUAGCGCCAUGCAAUUAUGGUAUCGGGAACUCGCAUCACUUGACAAGUCGGACAGAGACUUCACAAAUUCGAAGCAGGAGUUGCUAAGUGUGACAUAUAACAGAUUCGUAAGCGAAAUCCGCAAUCUCCAAUCCAAACCACAAAAGGGUAAGCGAGGCAGCCGAACCCGCAGACCAUCGGUGGCAAAGAGCAGGGCAUCCAACGCCUCUGUUGCUGGCGUGGUCACCAACGACGCGGGCUGUACAGAAACCCGAAAUACUGGGACCACAAUCCAAGUCCAGGAGGACCCGGCCAGCGUCGAGAAACGUCCUUGGCACGGGAUCCCGGAAAAAGGGAAUACUACUAGUAGAAAUGACCUCUACGAGGACAACUUGGCCCAGUAUGGUCAAAUGGAUACAAGACUGUUUGGCAAUGCUUUAGAACAGGCUCCCCUUACCAAAUCUUCAGACAGUGUGCACGCAUUUCUUGUGUCCGCAUCUACAACGAUGGCACAAGUGCCAACUAUGACCCAGGCGAUACAUACCAGCAAUGGAAUCGACACACACGGAGAUCUUGCGUUUUACCCAAGUACAAGCACGGAAGCAGAGCUGUCGCCGGACUUUUAUGUUGGAGAUUUGACAGGAGGGAAUUCUGAUCUGUCUCAUUACUUUGGUGAUAUACUGUCUGGUGGAUACAUGGCAUAG